GCAACGUAGCGCUGCCGCACGCUGUCUGCCAGUGAUUUAAAACCUGAUUCGGACGCGAACCGCCGCCCACAGGGGAAGCUUCCGCCUCGCAGUCUCUGGGCGGGCCGGCCGGCCGGGGCGUCACGUCAUCGGACCGCAAAGUUUCGCAAUGCCGGGGACAAGGCGCUCGGUCCCGACGCAGGACUUCCAGUUGACAGUUCUCUCCGGGCAUCACGCAGCUCCGUGGACUACUCCCUCCCGGGACAGUACCGAACCGACCUCUCCCGGCUUGGGACGGAGCACUCUCGGGACAUCUCCCUCAUCAGGACAGGUAAAGUUGAUGCCAUCUCCCUGUGAACAGUGGCGGGCCCAGGCCUUCAGGAACAGGCCGGUAUGCCGGAGCCUUUUCGGGCCGGUGGACAGGCGGCAGCUGCGGCUGGAGCUGGGAGCCGAGUUGUGGAGAGGCCUGGAUGCGGCGGCCAAGAGGUGGGCCUUCGACUUCGAGGCGGAGCGCCCGCUGCCAGGCGACCUGCAGUGGGAGGCCGUCCCGAACCAGGAUGUCCCGUCCUUUUACCGAACGGUACAUGUCACCUCACAGGGGAGGCUCCUGAACCCACUCGGGCCGAGGGAGGGAGUUGAGAUGGGCACCCCCUCAGCCGAGAAGAAGCCAAUUCUGCCCCAUGGACGCAAGAGGAGACAGGCUCUCAUCACGGAUUUCUACGUUAUGAAGAGAAGAUUCGUGCCACUGGAUGCUGAGGCUAAGCCUUAAGGCGGGCAGGAAGUUGGGCAAAGAGUGGACAGUGGACUACGCGUUGCCGGUCAGCUGCCUGGACUUUGCAACAAGAUGGCUGUUCUCCAAGAUGACAAUACUUUGCUUUUUUUACCCAGUUUGUAAUCAUGUAGCUGACUCCUGAACUAAAGACCCCUGUCAUACCACCCCGGCACCCUCUGUGAGAGCAGGGACUGACCCUCUGUGAGAGGGGGUCUGAUUAAGGGUAGUGGAUUAAUGGGGGAGGUGAACCAUUGCCAGAUGGCCUGGGGUCACCCUGUUUGAUUCAGGGAGCUGCCACUGCACCCUCAACCCCCUCCCUCUCGGCUUGACUGUCCCCGAGAGCGCAGGGAACAAACAGGCUGCUCUUUCAUGCUCUGUGAAUGAACAGUGCACCGCGCGAUGGUGAAGUGUGUGUGUGUGUGGGGGGGUGGGGGGACACACCAGGAGUGGAUGUGGGAGACGUGUGAAUGCUGAGGUGGAAGUGUAGAUCAGGACAUAAAUCAUGGGGAAGGGAAGGGUCUCGGCAGAGCUUCAUCCCUUGAUCUGAAGAACUACACAACAAACAGGAACAAAAUGGUCUUCCCAUAGGCAACUGGAUAUCGUAAUGAACUGUCUCGACCAGAAACAAUGACUCUUGUUUCACCUUCAUUGGUGCUGCCUGACCUGCUGAGUUCCUCCAGUGUUUUGUGUGUGUAGAGUAACAAUUGAGUAACGUCUAUAAUUCAGGAUCCGAUUCUUGAAUGACCAUGACAAAGGAGCAGAAUGAGGCCAUUCAGCCCAUCAAUUCUGUUCUGCCAUUCCCUCAUUGCUAAUUUAUUAUCCGUCUCAACCCUAUUCUUCUAAAAUUAUAAAAUUAAUAAAAUCAUAAAAUUAUAAAAGUAUAAAAUUCUAAAGGGAUUGGACAGGCUAGAUGCAGGAAGAUUGUUUCCGAUGUUGGGGAAGUCCAGAACGAGGGGGUCACAAUUUAAGGAUAAAGGGGAAGCCUUUUAGGACUGAGAUGAGGAAAAACUUCUUCACACAGAGAGUGGUGAAUCUGUGGAAUUCUCUGCCACAGGAAACAGUUGAGGCCAGUUCAUUGGCUAUAUUUAAGAGGGAGUUAGAUAUGACCCUUGUGGCUAAAGGGAUCGGGGGUAUGGAGAGAAAGCAGGUACAGGGUUCUGAGUUGGAUAUAUCAGCCAUGAACAUACUGAAUGGCGGUGCAGGCUUGAAGGGCCGAAUGGCCUCCUCCUGCACCUAUUUUCUAUGUUUCUAUGUUUCUGCUUUCUUCCCAUAACCUUUGACUCCCUGAUUAAUCAAAAACCUUUGCUUCAAAUAUACCCAAUGAUUUGGCCUCCACAGCUGUCUGUGGCGAUGAGUUCCACAGAUACCACCCUUCUGGCUGAAGAAAUUCCCCCUCAUCGUUCUAAACGGACGUCCCUCUAUUCUGAGGCAUUGCGCUCUGGUGCUAGAAUUUCUCACUAUUGGAAUCAUCCUCUCCACGCCCACUCAAUCUAGGCCUUUCAGUAUUUGAUAGGUUUCAAUGGGAUCCCCUCAUUCUUUGAAAUACCAGCAAGUACAGGCCCAGAGGGGUAUCAAACUCUCAUCAUAAGUUAAUCCUUUAAUUCCCAGAAUCCUUCUCUCGACCCUCUCCAGUGCCAGUACAUCCUUUCUCAGACAUGGGGACUGAAACUCCCACCCUCUUGCUAUAGAAACGUCUCCUUAUCUCUGUUCUAAAGGGACAUCCUUUGACCCCGAGGCUGUUCUCUCUGGCCCUAGACUCACCGAUGAGAACAGAGGUUCAGGCAACUUUGAAUUUGCUUUCACUUCCUGAAGGAGGUGGUGCAGAAGUGGCUGGUGGGGGUAAAUGUCCAUGGAGUUUAUUUCUGAGUGUACCUGCAGAAUCUCUUGCCCAUAUCAACGUAGGCCAUUUUCAGUCCUGAAGCAGCGCUUCAGCCUGAAACAUGCUGUUUGACCACAGCAGAUUGAUUGUGACUUCAGACCCAAACUGGUUCUUCCCAAAUUGAAAAAAGAAUUAGAGAGAAGGAGAGCAAAAAGCGAGUUGGAAGAUCUUUUCAAAUGUCUGGGGCAGGUGGGGAAACUGAUGAUAGAGAUGUCCUUGGUAAAUGGGGGGGAAUAGACGUGGAAAUUGUACAAAGCCCUGGUUAGAUUGUUCUGUGGUACUGUGAGUUGUUCUGCUUAGUCAGACUUGGAAGAGUAUCUUGGAUCUGGAGGAAGGGCAAAUGAGGUUUCCAGAAAGAUAUCCAGUCCUUGGGGGUUUAAUUAGGAGAGAAUUAGUUUCAAGAGGUAAUUUGGAAAGAACUUUGCAGAGGCAGUGUAGCAGUUAGCACUACGCUCUACAGUGUCAGCCAUCACUGAUUGGGGUUCGAUUCCCGUUGCUGCCUAUAAGGAGUUUGUAUGUUUUCCCUGUGACCAUGUGGGGUUCCUCUGGGGCCUCCAGUUUCCUCCCACACUCUACAGUCGUAUAGGCGAGGGCACGCGGUGUUGGAGCCAGAAGCAUGGCUGCCCCCAGCACUAUCCUCGAUCCUUGACGCAAAAUGACGCAUUUCACCGCAUGUUUCAGAUAAAGCUCAUCUUGAAUAAGAAGUUUCAUCAGACCAAGGUUGGGAAAAGGAUUUUAUGUCCUGUGGGUAACCUUGAUCUCGGGGAAUAGCAGUAUAAGCUUGAGGGGCUGGGCGGCCUUUGUUUCUGUGUGUGAAGGGACGAGACGAGGUGGUCAGAGUGAGUGUGAAGUGUGAUUGUUGCUGCUGUCAAGAUUAGAAAUCCAGGCUCUUUAUUACAGGCAUAAUUUAGUAGAACAUUUUAUUCAUAUUUAUUCCAUAAUCUUCAGAUUUAGCAUAUUUAUUAGGUAAAUAUAUAAAUAUUUUAAAUAGUUUAAAACUUGCACAGUUUAAAAUUGAAUUCUCUGGGUAUUAAUGAUGCUGCUUUGAAAUUUCGACUCUGUGGCCACUUUAUUAGGUACACCUGUAUGCCUUGUUAAUGCAAAUAUCUGAUCAGCCAAUCAUGUGGCAGAAAGUCAUUGCAGAAACACAUGCAGACCUGGUCAGGAGGUUCAGUUGUUCAGACCAAACAUCAGAACGGGGGAAGAAAUGUGAUCUAAGUGACUUUGACCGUGGGAUGAUUGUCGGUGCCAGAUGGGGUGGUUUGAGCAUCUCAGAAACUGCUGAUCUCCUGGGAUUUUCAUGCACAACCAUCUCUAGAGUUUACAGAGAAUGGCAUGAAAAACCCAAAAUAAACAUCUAGUGUGUGAAAACACCUCGUUAAUGAGAGAGGUCAGAGGAGAAUGGCCAGACUGGUUCAAGCUGACAGAAGGGUGACAGGAGCUCCCAUGCCCACACAUUACAACAGUGGUGUGCAGAGGGGCGUCUCCAAACCCACAACAUGUUGAACCUUGAAGUGGCUGGGCUACAGAAGCUACAGACCAUGAACGUACACUCAGUGGCCCCUCUAUUAGGCACAGGAAGUAACUAAUGAAAUGAUCACUGAGUAUAUAUAUUUAUAAUGGUUUAAAGCCUGCAUUGAUUAAAAUUGAAUUCUCUGACGGUUGAUUGCGAUGCUGCUUUGAAGUUCAGCACCUUGGUGUAUGGUUGAAGAGUUGGUGUUGGUUGCUGCUCACGUGCGUACGCUGGACUCCGUUGACGAGUGGAGGCAAAGGCUCUCGCGUGCGUACGCUGGACUCCGUUGACGAGUGGAGGCAAAGGCUCUCGCGUGCGUACGCUGGACUCCGUUGACGAGUGGAGGCAAAGGCUCUCGCGUGCGUUAGGGAAUCUCUAGACGAGCACUUGAAUCACUGUGACUCCAGACCACGAGCUGACAGAUGGGAUUAGUUUGGAUUGAAUUGGUGGCCUUUCUCAAGCUACGACUUUGUGAAAAGUCUAAGUGUUGCACUAUGUAUCUUUAUUAAAGUUGGACCAACCUUUGGUUUGA